AUAUACUGUAGGAAGAGCAAAUGUGCUCACUGCAUUCUGAUGUAUACCGCUAGGCGGCGCACCAACUAAUUGUGACAGGUCAAAGUUAGCAAUCACGUGAUUGGCUCCACCAAUAGCAAAGAAGUUCAGAUUGCCGCCAUCUUUGGUCGGGAAGUACUGCUAGACGAGGGAAAAAAUUUGAAAUCCUUCAAGAAAUUGCAAACUUUUCGCACCGUUUCGAGAGUUAUCUGUCGGCCCGAGAGCUGACGGCACUUGCCAGGAACAGAAUGGCGGCCUCCGGUGCUGGGAAGGCGCGUAGCCGGCGGUCACACGCGCCGAAACCGUACGCUAGAUCCGGCGGGAGAAAGUCCAUCCUAAGCAGUGUGACAGAGUACCUGACGCCUUCGUGGCUAAAAGGCAUGUGGGGUCAAGAUGAGAGUGGUGUGCAACCGACCACAGAGAGGUCUGCACGCACAGGGAAACCUGCACAUGUUCCUGUGGUGCACAUACGUGAAGAUCAAAAUGGGCUGGAAGAGGAGGAGGAGGAAGAGACAGCAGCACCUCCACUUCACGUCACUAAAAACAGAUUAACCCAUCAACAGAGUUCAUCAGUACAGGGUUCUGAGGACUCUCGUCCCGGGCCGGGCUACUUCAGUCAGAUCCCACUGACACGGGGAUCCAUCCAUGCUCAAAGGACACAACAAUCUCUAUCAGCUACUUCAUCCUACACCACAACAUACACACGGGAAGCACCGUCUAACUCAGCCUUACCAUCUGCUGAGGAAGACAAGUUCUCAGAAGACUCAGCAUCCACCAGCAUCAGUUUCUCCAACGUCCCACAAGUCGACCAGAGUGAGAGAAGGAGUGAGGCAACGACAGAUGAGGGUGCUAAAGACUUUGCCAGGCCCAAAUCCCUGUGGUCAGAAGAACGUGAGACCAGAAUGGCCCUGCCCCAACCACCUGCACGAUCGGCCAGAAAACCAACGUUUAACUACUCUGUCUUCGGCUCCCCGGCAUUGAAUGACUCGUCCUCUCUGUUUGGGAGCCCCAUCACUGAGUCUCCAUUUUACGAGGGAAGGACGACCUACGGAGGAGCAUCUGCACAGAAACAGGGACAGAAACGUGGCAGGACUGUCUCACCUCUGCAGCAGGUCCCACCCCACACCAUGAGACAGCAGGUCCGCCCCAAGCCUGUCCACAGCAGCCGCGGGUCCGGGGUCAUGUCUGUCACUGCACAGAGGAUUCUCCACACCCUGGAGAGGAUGUCUACACCUGUGUCUGAUGCCAAGAGGAUCCCUUCCCUCACACUGCCCUCUGACGAGUCCCCUCUGGGCUUUACACCUUCCUCUAAAAAGCGCAGAGUUAUGGGUGGAAGCUUCCUGGACCCGGGUGCCUCCAGGUUGGAGGGGCGGCUGGCAGGACAGCCCCCGGUACAGAGACUGAACCUGUCCACACCUGCCUCCAUUGCUACCAACAGGGCACAGACACAUUCUACUUACAGGCCCAGAAAGUCUGUAGUGCCAGCUAAAGAGGAAAUUUUGGUUCCUGACAGUGAACCUACAAAGUCUGAAUCCCAAAACACUGAGCCAUCUCCAGUCAAAGCAAUCAGCCAGCCAGCGAGUAAGCCAGCUGAGGCUCGGCUAGCACCUGCCAACAAGCCUAGCAGCCAGGCUGCUGCCACAUGGACUCCACCUGCCCAGCUGCCCCAGGGCAGUGGGGGUAAGAUGCGCAGGGAGAGAUCAUACGGCACGCAACGGGCACACGCAGUGCAGGACGAGGAAGAGGCUGAGGUGCCAGACCUCCCCCAGAUCGCCCUCCCCCUGUCUGGAACCAGCCUGCCCAAGUUUGACUUCUCCCCGGCACCGUCAAAACCCGUAAGUGAGGCAAAGGUCAGCACCUCGAGCACCACCCCACAGGUGAGCAGUGUGACGUCAUCACCCCAGUUCACCUUCGCAUCUCCCAUAGUCAGGUCCAGCCCAGAGGACAACACCUCAGCAAUUAGCAAUACUGAAACACCCAGCUUCCAGUUCAGCCAGCCUACAUCCCCAGGAAAGUCCUUCUCCAGUCAGGGUUUCGGCACAUCCUCAGCCAUGUCUGCCCCAACAGGCGGUUCUACCUUCCUUACAACCGGUGCAGGGUCAAGCUUCCAGCCCAAACGGAAAGCAGCCGAGCCGGCAGUUACUACUGGCAGCCCCGCCCCUCCCCCAACUCUGAAGCAAGGCAGUGUCCUAGAUGCCCUGAAGGCAGAGCCACUGCCACUGAAAUCAGGCAGUGUGCUGGAGGCCCUGAAGGGAGGUCCACUAGUCAGUAAGCCAGAGGGGGCAAAAGAGAAACCUGUGGAAAAGAAAACAACUGGAGAGGUGGCUGCUAGUACAAAGCCUGCAGCAAUGCCAUCCCUGGCAGAUCAGUUCAAGAAGCCAUCAGGUGCCUGGGACUGUGACACCUGCAUGGUGCAGAACACAGCUGCAGCCAGCAGGUGUGUCGCCUGUGACACCCCCAAGCCUGGCAGCCAGCCCAAACUCACAGUACCCACCACUGGUCCAUCUGCCUUCACUGCAUCCAGUGCUUCAACAAAGUCUGAUGGGAAGGAUGGCUUAUUUAGUUUUGGCAGUAAUGCAGUCCCCAAAAGCAAUGGUUUUAAACUUGGCACCACCACGGAGGGAAGCAGUACAAACAGUGGAUUUAAGUUUGGAUCUGCAGGUGCUGUGAACUCUGCCAGCUCUGGUUUCACAUUCGGAAGUAGUAGUAGUUCUUCUGCUGCUGCUGAUUCUAAACAGGACUCCAACAAAUUGAAGAAAGGCACCACAGACUCUGUAUCCACUAGUGCAAAUACACAAGAUGCUGGUAAAUCUAUAUGGUCAACAGCAGCAGCAAGAAACAAGUGGACCUGUAAUACGUGUCUCGUGGAAAACGAGAAUGAGUUGACAAAAUGUCCUGCAUGUGAGACCCCUAAACCUGGCAGUGAGUCAAAACCAGCUGCAUCUACACCUGCUGUCAACUUUGGGUCAUCGAGUACGUUUAAAUCGACUUCCGGUUCAUCCGGGUUGUUGUUAGACAAGACUAAAUGUGCAGCGUCUGAAACACCAAAGCCAGGUAGCCAAAACACAUCUAGUUCAGGCGGUGCAACAAGUGGAAGCAGUGGUUUAUCAUCGGGUACGAACAGUUCAGGCUUUGCCGCCGCUCUGUCUGCACAGCAGUCCAAGUGGGAGUGUGAAACCUGUAUGGUCCAGAAUGACAAGGAUGUGACAAAAUGUGCCGCCUGUGAAACGCCGAAGCCAGGCAGUGCCCUGCCCUCUUCUGGAUCAGGGGCAUUCAAGUUUGGCUCCCAGUCAACAUCCACAGGGGGAACAACCUCCUUCGGUGGCAGCACCGGAGGGUUCCAGUUUGGGGCACCAAAAGCUGCUGAAACAUCAACAGAUGCCAAACCCCAAUUUGCAGGGUUCAAGUUUGGCAGUGGAGGUACAGAAGCUGCCACAAGCACCACAUCCAGCGGUGGCGUACAGUUUGGUGCAGGGACAACCUCUGCCCCCAGCGGUGGGUUCACGUUUGGUGCCGGGACUGCUGCCACCAGUACCGCUGCCAGUGGUGGCUUCACGUUUGGAGCAGCCAGCUCUUCCUCUGGAGCUGCCACCACGACGUCUAACACCACGUCAUCAGCCAGCGGAGGUUUCGCAUUCGGCACAGGGACAACAUCGGGACCUGCUGCCCCGGGGGCCGCCGCCAGCGGGGGCUUCACGUUUGGGACGGGAAGUUCAGCCGCUGGUGCUGCUGCCUCUGCUGGGUUCACGUUUGGAGCGGGAACAGCAGCCCAACAGUCAUCGACAUCGUUUGGGACGACAACUGAUGCAGCUCCCAAGAUGACAAGCAUAGCUGAUUUGGCCAAGGCAGGUCAGUUGAGUGUACCCAAGCCUUCAUCCAGUCAGCCCUCAGCAAAAAGGAGCCUAGAAUCAUCAGACACCAGCUCUCAGGCCAAGGUGAACCUAUCUUCUGCUUUUGGCUCCGGCACCCCGUUUGGUUCAGCCAGUCCCAGCCCAGCGCCAAGCUUCAGAUCCACCACGAGCACAAACCCACCAGUGUUUGGGACUGGUGCAGCAUCGGCUGCCCCCAGCACUGGACUCACCUUUGGCACGCCGGCAGCAGCACCCUCAGCCACAGGCAGUGCAGCGGCGACAACGUCAGGCUUCGCGUUUGGCACGGGCUCGUCACUGUCCAGUACAGCUGCAAGUACGGCUCCGGCACCCUUCAGCUUUGGUGCGGGGGCGCCACCUGCCACAACUACAGCCGGCACUGCAAGUGCUCCCUUUGUGUUCGGGGCAGGAGCAUCGUCAACACCAGGUGGCUCUACCGGCGGGUUCAGCUUCAGUGCAGGCCAGACAGCGCCCCCUGCUACAACAGCUGCCCCUAGUUUUGGUACUGCAGCCUUUGGAGCAACCCCUGCCCCGGCAGCAAGCACGCCCUUCGCACCGGCCACCACCUCUUCUGUCUCUGGUGGGGCCACUCCGUUUGGAGGGGCCACUGGUUUCGGUGUGCAGACCACCUCAGCUGGCAGCGGUGGCCCAGUGUUUGGUGCGACGGCUGCACAGCCAGCCCCAACUGCUGGUUUUAACUUCAGUGCGCCCAGCCAGCCGUCGUUCCAGUUUGGCGCAGGCUCGCAGCAGCAGGCCCCUGCAGUGUUUAACUUCGGUGCUGCAGCCCCUGCAGGAGGCGCGCCAGGCGGCGGGUUCAACUUCACCGCAGGGGCGGGAGCACCAGCUCCACAGCCAGCUGCUCCAGGUCCUUUCAACUUCAGUGCCGGGGCACAGCCAGGCGGCAAUCCUUUCAGUAUCCAGAGUACCGGUACUCCCAGUGCCUCCCCUGGCGGCAGACGCAUCAUCAAGAGAGCCCAACGCAGAAAGAAGCCUUAGCGAUCCUUUAACAGUAGUGUCUGAUGAACUUCUAUCUUCACAGUUACAUCUAUACGGAACUCAUUCAGUUCUGAUAAAGCUUAACUCUUCAAUAGGUAGAUUUAGUAAGAUUUGCUUUAAUAAAAAUGAACUUACUGUUGCAGGAGCAGCAAAAAUUUUACUCUACCAAACCUUAGUGAAAGCAAAAGUAUACUGUAUAUGUUAACAAAGAAAUUGCUGCUCUCUCUGCCAAAUUACAAGAGGGACACUUUGGAUAUCCCAGUGCAAUUUUGCUGCUUCAAUUUGGUUCAUUGUACAUUUGAUGAUGCCAGAAGUGCCAUGAAUUGGAUGGAUGAACAAUACAAAACAAAUGAUUGGCAUACCAAAAACUGUUUUCUAACUUUGGAUAUUUACCUGAAUGCUAUACUGGAGUCACUUCCAAACAUGACUGUGCAUCGGUGGUUUGUUGUCACUUCUAACAUAUUAUAUGUGUGCUAAGUCAUACACAAUGUCUAAUGUUGAAUGUUUAAGCACUCACUCACACCACCAUAACUCUAAAAGUACCUUAUACAUGUACUAGUAGUAGUACUCUAACAAACCACGGAUGCCUUUCUGACAUUGUCUAAAAUGCAGUUGGCACUUAAAACUAGAUGUAUCAGUAAGUCUAGCUGGCUUUGUAAUACACCGAAUCACCACUGACUAGUUUUAUUAUCAUGUAUUAUAUUAUAUACUUCAUCAGCUGUACAUGUACACUGGUCAACGUAAAAUCUGACAGGGUGGCCAGGGACCACAGAGUAAACAUAAAGUGGAAUAUAUGAGUGAUGCAGUGACAAGUUAGGUUUCUCUGUGUGCACCCUCUGGCAGUGUUGACGUUGAUAGGUGUACAGAAUGGUUGCAUUCUGCUGUCAGUGGUUACCUAUCAAACAUCCCAGUGGAGGGAUGCCUCGUAUCCAAAAUGUUAUUAAAGAAAAAGACUUGUCACUGGCAAAUAGGGACUGAUUUAUUGGCAUAGAAACAUGCAGAUUUGUUUGUUUAAAACCAUCAGGUGUCCCUGGUAUGUUUGAAUAGGUGGCAGUGCUUUCUUUCUGUGCUUGUAUUCAGUGUGUAGCACCCCUCUCAACAAUUGACUCUUCUAUUACUGUCAUACAGUCUGAAAACUUUUGAUAUUUACCUGAUCUGUAAGUAAACAUGACUUGAGACAAUUGUUUGAUCCCACUAAAGCUGUUACGGUCAAAUUUUGGCCAGUUAGCUGUAAAUGAUAGGAAAGUAACAGUAAUUGUGUUAGUGGGAUAUUGCAUUGCUUGACUGUAAAAUAUGUACAAUACACAUGCAGACUUGUUCUGAGGGUAAAGAAAAGAAUUCUGAAAUUUCCAAAAGUAA